AUGACGUCCAACCGCCGAUCUGUUUCGGAUGUGCUCGGCGGAGUCAAGCAAGAGACCACAACGAAGCGACUCAACGUGGAUCGCAACAUCAUCGAGCGACGGGUUGGAGGCAGCGGCGGGUUGACCAGAAACAGAAACAGAAACACCAGCCGGGCCACGUCGAAAACCAAGACCGACGGGAAUAUCAGUGGGUUUUUCCAGAAGGUUCGAGAAAACUCGCCCUUGAACGGACCCCAGAAAAAAAUAGUUGGUUUCGGAAAGAAUAGGGUCAGGCGUCAGGCCAACUCGGCCGCCAAAGCCAAGCGCGAAGUCGGAUCGGAUCCGGAGGAAGACGAUGCACUGACCAAGAAGGCGAAGAAAUGCGACAUGGCUUCCCACGGUGGUCCAAGAUCCAAAAGAGCCAAAUUCGAGCCCAAUCUCUCCGACAGUCUCUCCGCCGACAAUGUCUCGGAUGAAGAGCUGUCUGGCUUCUCCGAUCUGGACGACAAUGUGGCGUCGACGCUGGCGAAAAUCAAGAAGGCGCGCGAAAAACAUGACGCCGCGUUGGUGACGGAGACGGAGCCGGAUUUCUUGCAAACAUCCAGCCAAGAAGAGGAGGACGACGAGGAGGACUGGGAGGCAAUCAAAGCCCGGCUCAGUAGAGCCCCGACCCGAAGCCAGCUCAUCCGACAACAGAGACAAGAGGAGGACGACGGCGAAAACGACAUUGAGUUCGUGCCCGUGGGAUACGACGACGCUUACAACCUGGAUCUGAGAGAACGAAAGGUGCGACGACAGGUGAAUCAGCACGCCCAGUCGCAAGGCUGGCCGGUUGUCACUCGAGAAGGCAUUUCGCACAAGAUUGCGACACGCUUCCAAAAAAUCUACAAAGAAAACAUCCUGCCUCUACUCAAAGCCGGAGGUGGAGACAACCACGUUUUCUACAAGGACAUCACAGACUACUUUUCUAGUCCCGGAGCAAGGAGAGCCGCUAACACCACACAGCUCAUGUAUCUGGGCGGUCGCAGAUACACCACGGGCUACUAUUCCGAGCUGUUUGCACAUGAGUUGAACAAGCACAUGACCAACAGCGGUCUUGCACAGGAUUUCGAACACCACGUCCGAAGUAACCCGGAAUUGCAUAGCAUGAUCAUUCGUCCAGGGCUUUUGUUCCACUUCCAGACGGCAAUCUGUAUUCCUGAAACCGUCAUUCGGCUGAUCAUGGACGACCAAAAGGUCUCGUAUGAAGAGGCCGAUCAGAUCCGGCUGAGAAGUGCUGAGUUUGGAGUUGUUGUUGCGGAGCGAAUCCAGGAUGAGGAGCGUGUUGAGUCUAGUAGUGGUGAAGGUGAUAGUGAGAGCGAAAAUGAGAGCGAAAAUGAGAGCGAAAAUGAGAGUGAGAAUGAGAGCGAGAAUGAGAGCGAGGAGGAUUAG